AUGCUGACGCUGUCGCAGCGGCUCCAGAGCGCAAGCAAUUUGCUCUCGUCCGCGUACGUCGACUCGUACUCGGACCGGAUGAUGGUAGGCCGGCGCGCACAGCUGGGAGAGAGCAUGGUGUGGCGCUCCACGCUCAGUGCUGAGCCGGACAACGGGCAUUUGACGUACGGCGAGUUCGACCUCGCCUUUUUCGGCGCCCUCGUCGACCGCGCCCUCGCGCGACCGGCCGGCCGCCGCGAGCCCGAGACUUUCGUCGACGUCGGCUCUGGGUGCGGCCGCCUUGUGCUCGCGGCGUCCUGCGUGUGGCCAGAGCUUGCGCGGGCGGCGGGCGUGGAGACGUGCGCCGAUCUGCACAUGAUGGCGGUCCGCGCGCAGGCGCGGGCGAGCCUGCCGCGGUGCGACUUUGUGCACGGCGAUGCGCUUCAGGCGAUGAGGGAGGGCGGCCCGCUCGACGACGCGACGGUCGUGUUUUGCUACAGCUCCGCUUGGGCGAGCGAGGGGGGGGCCUUGACCGACUUCUCCGAGCUGGUCGGCUGCUGCUGCCUGCCCGGCUGCAGGGUGGUCGUGACGGACAAGUGGCUCGAGUGCGAUGGCAGUUGCGGGGAGUUUGCGCUGAUCGACGAGGUGGAGGGCCCGAACCGCGAGACGGGCGGCAGCGUCGGCUACAUCUACGAGUUUGAAAUGAAAAACAAGUCAUUGGCAUUCGCGAUUCGGGGGGCGCCAUCCGGCCACCGAGCACCCAGUGGCCAGUCCAUGCAUGGUAAUUGGUAA